GUUCGAACCCCCAACCAGUGUAUACAGAGUGUUUUAGUUAUUAGUGCUCCAGGAAUUUGAGCAAAAUGAGGCUGAUAACAUCUCUAGCAGCAAUACUAGCUGUAGCAUCAUCAGAGCCAGUUCCCUACACCACUCAACCAACAGAGCACUUCGCCAACAACGCGGAAUCCUACCAAUCACAGCUCGAGGUUCAGCAGCAAGGCAUCUACGCGGACCAAUCACAUUACAGCCAGCAGGAUUUCAGCCAAUCAGAGGCCGGAUAUUCCCAAGGACACACAGUAGCGUUCCCCAGUGGACAAACGUCGUUUGCGGGACAAAGUACUUUUGCUGGGCAGAAAAAUUUUGCUGGACAGAAUUUUCAGUCUCAAAGACCUUCCACUGAAAAAUCAGCAAGAAUAGUUAGCUACCAGAAUGAAAAUAAGGGAAAGAAUUAUCAGUACUCUUAUGAGACUGAAAACGGAAUCAAAGUGCAAGAGCAAGGUUCCGUCCAAGGUAAAACCCUGCGCGCCCAAGGAGGGUACUCCUACACCGGUGAUGAUGGCCAGGUCUACACAGUGACGUACACUGCUGACGAGCACGGCUUCAGACCCCAAGGAGCUCAUCUGCCAACGCCCCCACCGAUUCCUGAGGCUAUACAGAAGAGCAUUGAGUUCAAUCAGAGGGAGGCGGCGAAUAAUAACGGAGUUUAUGAUGAUGGAAGUUACAAAGAAGAAAUCGUACUCCAACAGCAGCGCCAUAGAUCUCAACAGCAACAGAGCCAGCGCAUCCAGCAGAUCAACGAUCUCCAGCCACACCAAUACUCAGAAAUCCAGCCAGUCCAACAAAUCCCCAUCGAGCACCAGAUCCCUGAGAUCCAAGUCCAACAACACCAAGAACAGCAGCUACCAGAGUACCAGCCGGAGAUCCAGCAAGUUCAGCCACAGGUCCAACAGUUCCAGCACGGUCAAGAGGGGUACCAGCAAGUCCAGCAACAAUAUCAACAGGAGCAAGGCUGGGCUGGACAGGAGGCCACCACGGCUGGAUACAGUGGAUGGAAGUAAUCUAGUUUGUAGACACCACACUUAAAGCCAGGAGUCCACUUAGGCGGAAUAGAGCCGCGUCGAAUCGAGUCCUCACAUAAUUGAAUGCGAUUUGACUCGUCGCUAAUGGACGUAGUUUUAUAAGAAAUGCAGAAGGCGAAUUAAUGAGGCUCGAUUCGGUGAGCCUAGUGGACGCCAGGUUUAAAAAAGAUGUUAGACAAAAAAUUAAAAGAGUAGAUGGAUUGGAAUAGAUUUGGUUGGCAGGAAAACAAACUUGAUUGUUUUUUAUAAUCUUCACUUUGUGCGUCAAGGGUUUUUUAAAGUUCCUACUCUUUGAAGAAGACAAGAUAAGCCAUGGCUGAUGAUAUACAAUGGUCCCUGAAGAUUAAUGCACAAUGAUAUGUGAAAAAGACUGAAAAGUGAGUCAAGUACUUAAUAGAAAGUUACCAAAUUGAUGUGUUGUUCCUUGUUAUUGUUAAUAUUGUUGCAUAAUAUAUAUUUGUUAAUAUUU